AUGACAACCUCUACUCAACCGUUCACACAUGGUUCAUCAUCACCCUCUACAUCAUCAACAACUGUUUUACCCAUAACAGAUGUAGGAGGAGGAGGAGUUGAUUCAUCAUCUAGGGUUGAAUUGAUGAAGGAUGAGCAUUAUCAAAGAAUGGAAAAGAAGGAACAUGAUGAAGAUGGUUAUAGAGUGUUCUUUGGUGAUAGACAGUUGAAUAUGAAGCAGGUUAGGAGGGGAUGGUUCGGGAUGAAGAGGAAAAGAUUUUCCGAUAAUAGUGUUUCAACUACAAAGGGAGGUGAAGAUAUAUUGAGAUAUCUCAAUGAUAGAAAGGUCAAUAGAAAGAUGACGAAUGUUUUGGUGGAGGAUAAAGUGGUGCCAAUUCACACGAGUAAGGUGAGAGUGGGGGAUAUUGUGAGAGUGGAAUGUGAUGAGACUAUACCUGCUGAUAUGAUUUUGUUGGGAUCGUGUCAUUGUGAGGAGGAAUCAGAUGGAAGAGUUUCACUUUCGUCCAAUUGCAAAAUUGAAACUGCCAAUUUGGAUGGUGAGACAAAUUUAAAGACAAGAUUUGGAAUUUUGAAUGAAACAGUUCAAAUGCCAUCAAAUCAAACAAAAGAGAAUGUAAUAAUCAAUACCUUGUUACAAAUUAAGGGAAGUGUCGAUUGUGAACUUCCAAGUGAAAAUUUACACAGUUUCAAAGCUAGUGCUCUACUGAAAUAUUCACAGAAUGAAUCACAAUCGAGAUUAAUUCCCAUCAAUCAACAACACUUACUUUUGAAAGGAACAAUCCUCAAAGCAACUGAAUAUGUCUAUGGAUUGGUGAUUUAUUGUGGAAAGGACACCAAAAUGAUGAGAAACAUGCAGAAAGGAAGAGUUAAAUUCACCUCUGUGAAUUUUACAAUGAAUAUCAUGAUUGGUAUCUUGUUUGUGAUCAUGUGCUGUUUGUGUAUUGCCUUUGCAGGAGUUUCGUCCUAUUUUGAAUUCACACUUGCCAAAAUUUCAAGCUACACUGGUAAAUCUACAUUGAAUGUCAGCAAUGCUGCCAGUGUUGUGCUCUCCAUGAUGACAUUCUUUAUUCUUUUCAAUUCGUUGAUUCCAAUUUCUCUAUUUGUGACUUUGGAAUUUGUUAGAAUGUUUCAGGCAUGGCUUGUGAAUAUGGAUAAUGAAAUGGCAGUUUACGAUGCUGAUCCACAUGAUCCAGUAUCGAGAAAGACACUCAUUUCUGCAUCUUCACUCUCUUCUGAGCUUUUACCUGAUUUGGCAACAGUUGACAUUAUAUUCUCAGAUAAGACUGGUACUCUGACAGAAAAUUCCAUGAUUUUCAACAAGAUUUGUUUUGGAACAAACUAUGUUCAUGAUGAUAAGGUCAAUAAUGGUCAACUAAACACUUUGAUUCAACAAUCUCUUAAAGAAACAACUGAUCAAGCUCAAACAAAUGAUUCAAAGAAUGAAAAUACGUUUGGAGAGGAUGAAUUAUUCCAAUCUCUGAAUACCAUGCUACUUCUCUCACUGUGCCACAAUGUAGAUGUGAGAGCUUCUGACGAUUCUCAAUCUUCCUCAGUGGAAUUAUUGGAAAAUGUCGAAGAAACUCGUCCAUACUAUGAAGGAGCUAGUGUUGAUGAAGUUGCUCUUGUGAAUGGUGCUUUCAAUAAUGGGUUCAAGUUGAAAUUUUACUCUGAAAAGAAAACCAUCGUCUCCAUAUUUGGAAUUGAUUAUACCUUUGAAAGAUUGUGUGAAAUACCCUUCACACCAGAGAGAAAGAGAAUGUCAACCAUUUUCAAAAUUCCUAAAGAAUUUCUUCAAGCUUUCCCAAUUUACAGAAGGAAGACAGGACUUGAAAAUGAAGAAUCACUUGUCGUCUGUUUCACAAAAGGAGCAGACAGUUUUUUAUUCCCAUACAUUGAGGAAAAUCAAUCGAAUUCAGCACUGAAAGGUAAACUUGAACAGCAUAUUUUGGAGUUUGCCAAAGAUGGACUCAGAACACUGUUACUGGCCUACAAGUUUAUUCCAAAUCAGAAUAUAGUUGAUGAGUUUGUUAUCAAGUAUAAUGAAUUGAAAUCAAAGCAAGAAGUUCAACAAGAGUUGUUAGAUACAUUGGAAAAUGAAAUGGAGAGAAAUUUACAAAUUUCUGGAGCUACUGGAAUUGAAGAUUCACUUCAGGAGAAAGUUCCAGAGACUGUCAAAUUCUUCCUUGAUGCUGGUCUUCAAUUGUGGAUGCUGACUGGAGAUAAGACUGAAACGGCGAUCAACAUUGCAGGAAUGUCUAAUUUUAUUGGAAAGGAAACUAGACUAAUCUAUCUUAAUGGAGAAGAAUUUAAAUCAGAUCAAUGCAUGGAACAAUUACAAAUCAAACAAAAAGAAAUUGGAGAAGAGACGGAUGUAGCUCUUGUCAUUGAUGGAUUGGCCCUUUCCUAUUGUGUCGAAAACAAUGAGAAACAAGAUUUAUUCUUUGAAAUUGUGAAAAAAUGCAAGACUGUCAUUUGUUGUAGAGCUACCCCAAAGCAAAAAUCACUUCUUGUUGGUAUUGCACAAAGGAAAUUGAAAAAGAAAGGAUUAGCUAUAGGAGAUGGUGCCAAUGAUGUUCCAAUGAUUCAAAAGGCAAAGAUUGGUGUAGGGAUUAUUGGAAAGGAAGGAUCUCAAGCAAAGCUCAAUUCUGAUUUUGCCAUUCCAAGAUUCCACAUGUUGAGAAAAUUAUUGGCUGUUCAUGGAAGAUACUCAUUUAAGAGAUGUGCCAAACACAUCUUUUAUAGUUUCUACAAGAAUAUCAGCGUCACUUGUUUGCAGAUCUAUUUCACCUUCUAUACCAUGUAUUCAGGUCAGACACUUGUGGAUGCCAAUAACCUUUCGUGGUGGAAUUUAUUCUUUACCAUUCUCAAUACGUUCAUUUAUGGUUGGUUCGAUAAGGAUAUUCGUGAAUCAAAAUUAUUGGAUGAAAAACUUGGACCUAAACUGUAUGCCAGUUUAAAGAAGGAGAAUAUCUUUAAUCUCUACAUGUUUACAAGAUGGAUUGGAUCUGGUAUUGUUCACUCAUUGAUAAUUUUCAUGGUGGUGAUUUAUGGAACUGAGGGUUCCAUUUUCGGCAAUGGACAAGAUUCAGAUAGUUUGUGGCUUAAAUCUGUGUUGGCAACUUCAUGCAUGAUUUGUGUUGUGAAUUUUAAGUGUUAUUUGGAGAUGGAAGACUUUACAAUUAUUAAUCAUGUAUGCAUGUUCCUUUCGUUUGUGAUUUUCUAUGGAUACAAUAUUUUGCUAACAGCUUAUCCAAAAACUAUUGGAGUAGUAAUGACUGACACUUAUUUAUUUGGAGCUUGGGAUGGUGGAAUACGAUCUGCUAUCUUCUGGUUUGUCCACAUCUUUGGUAUUGUUGUUCCAUUGAGUUUGGAUCUUGCUGGUCAUGGUUUUAAAGUGCUUUUUUGGCCUGAUGAAUAUCAGAAAGUGAAAUUGAUGAAACUUCCAGAACCAAAAGUGUAA